GCUUUCAAAAACCUAAUCGGCCACCAUUGUGAAGGCGAUUUUAUUGAAUACUUAGUGGAUUUUUACGUUUUCUGUGAUAAUUAUCGGCGAAAUAUAAAGUUUUAUUUGGUAAGAUACAGUGCCCAGUAGUUCGGCAACUGAAUCUGAACUUCAAUUUGUGCUAGAAGUGCUUAAUUUCAAAACGUAAAUGCGUUCAAAAUGUCACGCGAAGUGAGCAUCAAAAUCGUGAACACCAUACCAUGCACUAAAUAAUCUAAGUUUUCUUUGGAAUAAGUGUUUACUGCAUUUGAAAAAGUAUCUGUACACGUCGUAAGGGAGCGCAGUUACGCGGGCGAAGGCUUCAAACUUGCCGGCAUCAUUAUGGUGGACUGAAGAAGUGUUUGUUGACGGAUUGGUGUUGACUACGUGUAGUAAACAGUGCCGCUAGAGAGCCGCGUACCAUGUCGGGCGGCUCGCAGCACAACCCCAAUGGUCGACAGUCGCAGCUGGGCUCAGGAUGGAGCCCCCUGCAGGUGUUACAGAUGGCGAACUUGCUGGCGCGGGCCCCGCAGGCACACAUGGCGUCGGACCGCGGCGUGACGUGGCACACGCCCACCCCGCCGCCCCACCUCUACCAUGUACCGGCGCCUUCGCCCCCCGACCCCCUUCAGGGUCUGUUGCAAUUGCAGGCGUUAAAGUCCGCCAGCGGGAACUCAGUGUUCCGACACACGGCCACCCCGCCCGAACUGUACAGACACACACCCACCCCACCAGACAAACAUCACAUGAGGCACACUCCAUCCCCAGGCGACAUUAAGGCGAGUGCGGCGUUACCACCAGUAGACUUAUAUCAACAUUUGGCACCUUCGAGAGCAGAGAAGCUGCGCGCGGACGACCUGAUGGCGUACACGCGGGUGGGCGUGGACCUGUCGCUGGGCGGCGGGCGCGCGGCCAACGGCGCCGCCACGUCGCCGGCCGCCGCGCCCGCCGCGCCGCCCGCCGGGCCCGCGCUGUCCGUGCGCGACGCGCCCACCAUCAACAGCCUCAUCGCGCGGCGCCACGCGCACGCGCACUCGCACCUGCCGCACGCGCGCGUGGACGCGCUGCUGGAGCGCCUGGCGCCGUCGCCAGUGUCGCCGCACUCCGUCAUCGUGCACUCGCGCGCCGCGCCCACGCCCUCGCCGCCCUCCUCCAACGAGGACUCUGCGGACUCGUGUGGCGCCCCGCCUGGCUCCAAGAGGAAACGCAAGCCAGAGCGCACCGUACGAGUGGCGGCCGCACCUCCGCCGCCCGCGCCCCCGGUGCCCUCCCCCGCGCCCCCCGCGCCCUCGCCGGCGCCCCCCGCCGCCAGCCCCGCCCCGGGCCCGGUGCUCCCCCGGGAGAAUGGCGACGCGCACGUCACGCCCGACGUGGCCGAACUGCGGCCCGCCUCGCCGCGCCCCGACCAGCCACAUGCUAGGAGAAAAACACGUUCCGGCUCCGCCGAGACGAUAGACGAUAUCGCCGCCAUGAUAGCAGACACAGAUCGCGCACCGAUUGCGGUGCCGGCACCCAUGGCGCCCCCCUCCCCCGCCGCCGCCGUCACUGUGGACAAACUUCGCAGCGUUCUAGCUAGCCCCGAAGCGGCGCGCGUGACCCGGUACCGGAGCCCGAACCCGCGCCCGCCGAAGCGCCCGGCGAGCCUACUGAGCCCCCCGCGCCUACCGCGCCGCCUGCGCCCCCCGCGCCGGCCACGGAACCCGCGCCCCCACCGGCGCCGGCCGCCGCCCCGCGCCGUCGUAGUGCACGGACGUCUAACCCCGAAGCUCCCAACGUACCCGUGGAAUCUCCUUCGGAAGGCAAGCCGGCCGAGCCUGAAGCGAGCGACGCGCGCACUGCCGAGCCGGCCGCCGUCAGCUUUGUAGAAGUAGAGAACCAGUUAGAGAAGAUGUUCGCGGGGCUGGAGGAGGAGCCGCUGGGACGGGACGCGGACGAGGCGGCGGCGCCCAGCUCGGCCGCGGCGGGCGCUGCGGGCGCCACGGCCCCCGCGGCCGCGCGCAAGCGGCGCCGGUCAGCGCCCGCGCGGUCGGACCGCGCACAGAAGGCCCAGCGCAAGAAGGCGGAUGCCCGGCGCCCGCGCAAGGGGCCGCGCGAGGCACGCGACGCGUACGACUCCGGCAGCAACGCCAGCUCUAGCAAGUCGCGGGGACCCUACAUACAGAUACGCGGACCGCGGGACUCUCCCCUGUCAGUGAGCGUGAUGAACACGACGACGGCCGGCGAGGAGGAGGAGGCGGGCGCACGCCGAAAGGGGGGCGAGGACUUCCGCAACGGCGUGCGCGGCGUGAGGGGCGUGAGAGGUCUGCACGCCUCCACGCUGGGUCUGCGAUACGACGCCAGCACGCCUGACGCCACCUGGCUCUGUGCCUUCUGUCAGCGCGGCCCGCAUGCGGCCUCGCUCGGGGACCUCUUCGGGCCAUACACACUCGACAACGACUGCGACGAGUACAGGGCGCUGGACGAGGCGACGCGGCGGCGCUACAGCUCGGCCGAGGCGUGGUUCCACGAGGCGUGCGCGGUGUGGGCGCCGGGCGUGCUGGCGGCGGGCGCGCGGCUGUGGGGGCUGGGCGCGGCCGUGUGGGCGGCGCGCGGCUCGCGCUGCGCGGGC